UUCUUUCUUUUUGAUCUUCAAACUCUCUUUUACAAAUCAAGAAAAUGAGAACUCUUGCCAAGUUCAACGCACAGUCCACACCAGCAACACCGACAAUGACGAUGUCAGCAGCAGCCACAGCAACGAUACCAGCAACUGAAGGUUCAUUUUCUCCGCCGGUAAUGGUGGCGCAACAGCGGUCUCCAUGGCACUCUCCGGUGCCUUACCUCUUUGGAGGGUUAGCGGCGAUGCUGGGUUUGAUAGCUUUUGCUCUCUUGAUCUUGGCUUGUUCUUACUGGAGAUUUUCGAGUCUUUUAGAUGGCAGUGAUCAAAAUGGUGACAGGGAUUUGGAGAGUGGCGAGAAAGAGCAGGAGGGUGGUUCUGCUAAAGCUGUGAAGGUUUAUGAAGAGAAGGUUUUGGUUAUAAUGGCUGGUGAUGUGAAACCAACCUUCUUGGCCACGCCUGUGUGCAGCAAAGUUUCUUCUUUUGGUGAUGGCAAAGAGAUGAUUGCAAACAAAGAGGGAGAGAAAGUGGAAACUGGUGAGAAAGUGAAAGAGAUGGCUGAUGAACACGAAGCAAUAUUGACAACUCCUCAUGAAGAAAACAGCAGAGACAACCAAGAAUCCCAACGAGACCAAGAACAACAAAACCAGUAACCAGAGCUUCUUCUUCUUUUUUUGGCCUCUUUCUUUGUAGAGAGAGCAUCAAGAGAUCUUUUUUUCUUCUUUAAUUUCGUUUGUUUUCGUUUUUUCGAUUUUGAGGUCUUGUGGGUUCUAGAUUACGUCCCAUUUUGAUUCGGGAAAUGUAAAUUUUGGUGAGAUGAAUUGAAUAGAGAUGAGAGUGAGUUAUCUUUACAGCUAAUUCCAGCUUAUGUAUAUUGAUUAAUUG